GCGUUAUUCAUUUUCGGCAUGUGACGCCAUGUUGUAAUCGGUCGACUACCGCGAUACCUAUCGACUGCUAAUGUAAUUUGAUCAGGUAAUUAACUUUUAAUGAGUGACUCAAAGGAGUUGUAAUUAGUUGUCAUACGAUCACUACUUUUUGUGUUAUUUUUUUUAUCAUAACGAUAAAAACAACUAAACAUUUUUUAUUAUAAAAUGGGUAUGAGUGAAAUACAAACUUGGCUUUUGAUUCGUCGAUAUGAUAAACUUGAAUCAGAUUCAUCAAAACUUCAAACAAGUUUACAACCAUUAACUUUAAGCCCAGGACUACUGGGGGAAGAAUUGAAAUCUGCUAUUUUUCGACUGAUUGAUGUUGAAGAUGAUAAUACCAGAGUAUUAAAAAUACGAAGACAAGAUAGUAAUCUUAUACCUUUGUCAACGUUAUUAAAUGGAUCAACACCAGAAAAGCCAUUUAUUGUUGAUGUCGCUGGAGUCCAUCAGUUCUGUCCUGUUGAGAGACGUUCAAUACCUCCUAGUUAUGUUGACGCAUUACAAUCAAAGUUGAAUAAUUUAGAAAAACGAAUAGAGCUAGCAGAAACUGCUGUUCCUGAUUUAACAAAUGCUCAUAUUCAUGCAGUAGAAGAUGCUGCUGCCCAACUGACAAAUUGUGUUAAUUUUUUAGAUAGACGUCUCGAUGAACUUGUACCAUCUGCUUGGAAAUCUCAACUAAAUUCUACCGUUUAAUUUAAUUUCUACUUAAUAAGACUUAAUAAAACAUGACCAAUUAACAACAAUAAUGAAUAGUACCAACAUCAAUAAUUUAUUUAUGUUAGAGAAAUAAAUGGAAUAAAACAGUUUAUAUAUUAUUGAGUAUUGUUAAAAGAAUAUAUUAAAA